AUGGAUCCAGAUCCACAUGCAUUGCAUGAAUUACUUUCAUUGUAUUAUCUAAAAUUUGAUUUAAGUGAAUAUCCAACAGAUCAAGAAAUCGAAACCCUUCGUUAUGAAACAAAAUAUUUGUUGGCUUCGUUUUAUCCUAUUAGAUUAGUCUCGUGUCUGGUUGAAUAUCACGUACUUCAAUAUAAUAGUACUAAAGUAGGCGUCUAUUAUAUGAAAAAUAAUCAAAUACAUAAUUGGGAAAAUUCUAAUCAACCAUUUAUUCUUUAUUUUCAUGGGGGUGAAUUUGCUUUCGGCAAUAUUGAUAUUGAUACAUAUUCUGGUUAUGAAUGUCACUUAUCAAAAUAUCAAAAUAUGUUGAUAGUUCAUGUUGAAAUUCGUCAGGUUUAUCAAUUUUUAUUUAAUGUUGAUUUUAAUAUUCAUCAACGAUUGAUUGGAAUGAGUGAUGCGUCCGGUGGAAUGCUUUGGAUUUAUCUGUUACAAUGGAUUGUAUCAAACAGUAAACCUGUUCCACAAGGCGUCGUUCUGCAUUCUCCAUGGUCUCAUCUAGAUUUUACAGAAGAAAAUCUUUAUGAUUAUAGAGAUAAUAUUUUAUCCGUACAACUUGCUCUUAAUUUAAGAAAAAUAGCCCUUGGUAAAACUACCUAUUGGUUUGAAUUGACUAAUGAACAAGUAAAAAAAAUAAAUCAAAAGAGAAAUGCAUUCGAAGGAUUUCCACCGUUAUAUAUACAUGUAACUGCAGGUACCAAUGAAAUCUUGAUCUUGAUCGGUGAAAUUCGUAGAAUGGUAAAGAAAAUAAACUUAGCCAGUGGACAAGUUAUAUUAGAUGAAGGUAUAGGAUUAAUGCAUACCUAUGCUUUAUUUCAUAUGUGGAUAUUCAAAGGAAAAUGUGUUAGACAAAAUAUUCGUAAAUGGAUUCAUGUAAUAUUACCUAUGCAUGUACGAUCAACAUUGAAUAUGGCUGAAAUUGAAACAAAUUCACAGAAUAUUAGAAAACCUGGUCUUUGUACUUAG